AUGUUGAACUCGGAUCAGACUGAACUGGACCUGAAUCCCAGCUCCUCGGAAAGCGAGUCCGUGCUGUCCGAUGCCAGGGGAGGCUGCGUGCGGGACAAACCAGAUGAGGCCGAGGGCAAGCGGGGAGUCCAGCAGACACUGAGCCGGGAGGAGAAGCGCCGGCGGCGGCGAGCCACCGCCAAGUACCGCACGGCUCACGCAACCCGGGAGCGCAUCAGGGUGGAGGCCUUUAAUGUGGCGUUCGCAGAACUUCGCAAACUGCUGCCAACUCUGCCUCCUGAUAAAAAGCUCUCCAAGAUUGAGAUCCUCCGCCUGGCCAUCUGCUACAUCUCCUACCUGAACCAUGUCCUUGAUGUCUAGGCAGUGAGUGGGGGAGACAGACAGACAGACAGAGAAACAGUGGAGAUCAGAAUGGGAAAAGUAAAGUUUGUGGAUUUAAAACUGGAAAUUUAAAAAAAAAAGUUUGAGGAGGUUGUCA